AUGACAAGUAACAUUCCAAUGACGAACACGGAAAUCACAAAAAAACCAAGAGUAUUAAUACCCUACCUAAAUCAAUGGGAUGUUGCUGACCAUACUCAAGAAUGGCAGAAGCUUUCAAAGGAGGUUUCUUUAAUCAAAUACAAAAUUGAAGAUGUAAGAGUUUUUGAGCAGUUUUUGCAGGGUUCAGAAAUUGACUGUCUUUGGGUAACAGAUGAUUUCGUUGAACAUCUGGGCGGUCCCGCUGCAUUCUGGGAUUUUUACCCCAGCUCUUUGAAAGCCGUGGUUGUGCCCUGGGUUGGUUGCGAUUUUAUCGAUGGAAGGCGGCUAAGGAAAGAAAAGAAUAUCAUUCUCUGUAAUAUUGGUCCUAAUGCAUCAAAUUGUGUCGCAGAUAUGGCCAUGUUUUUAGUUAUAAGCUGCUUCAGACUAACAUCUUUUUGGGAGCAUUGCUUUAGAUUCUUCACAAAUGGUAGUGUUCCUGACACAAGACGUUAUAUCGGCGGUGAAGGAAAAACAACGUUCGGGAUAAAAGCACUACCCUCUGAUGGUUCGAUAUCAAGUGCGUUACAUUCCAGUUACGAACUUCCUAAAGCAGCACAUCCCGAUGAGAUCGCGACCCUAAAUCUAAGCAAGAACUUUUCAAUCGGCGGUAAGUCCGUCGAUUCUCCAGCUGAUAAGAAUGCCUUAAUUCUUGGUUUCGGUUCAAUCGGUCGAACUAUAGGCAAAAGAUUGAGUGCGGGACUGGGAAUGAACAUACAUUAUUUCAAAAGAUCAGGGCCAAUCCCAGAAUGCAAUCUAGGAUACAAUGCUAAAUUCUGGCACGAUAUAAAUGCACCAGAAACCUGGGCGAUCGCCGAUAUUAUUAUCAUAUCACUACCAAAAGAUCCAUCAACUGAUAACAUAAUUAACGAAAAAACUUUGAAAAUGUGUAAAGAUGGCGUUAGAAUUGUUAAUGUUGGCAGAGGUUCAUGUAUUGAUGAAGAUGCAUUGAUUAAAGCACUCGAUUCUGGAAAAGUAACAAGCUGCGGUUUAGACGUUUUCAAGAAUGAAAGUACUGCUAUUCGACAGGACUUGCUAAGUAGAUGGGAUGUCACUUUACUACCACACAUAGGAAGUACCGUUUCCGACAUGAUGAUUUCGCAAACCCUGAUAACGUUAGAAAAUAUAAAAAGUAUACUUCUAAAUGGAAAAGAAGGUGUUUACCCCAUAAACUAA